AUGGCUCCGAGAGUAAUCGUCGUCGGUGGUGGCUUGUCCGGCUUGAGUGCUGCGCAUACAAUCUACCUUGCCGGCGGUAAUGUUGUUGUUCUUGACAAGCAAGGCUUCUUUGGAGGAAACUCGACCAAAGCCACCUCGGGUAUCAACGGUGCCUUAACCCGGACACAGGUUGAACACGGUAUUCAGGACAGCGUCAAGCAAUUUUACGACGAUACUCUGAAAUCCGCCCGAGACAAGGCCAGACCCGACCUCAUCAAGGUCCUGACCUACAAGUCCGCUGCAGCAGUUGAAUGGCUACAAGAUGUAUUCAACCUAGAUUUGACAUUAGUCUCCCGACUCGGUGGCCACUCCCAACCGAGAACCCACAGAGGACACGAUGCCAAGUUCCCAGGUAUGGCUAUCACAUACGCCUUGAUGCAAAGGUUAGAAGAACUUUCCGAGAACGAACCUGAACGAGUCCAAAUUAUCAAGAAGGCUCGCGUCACAAGCUUAAAUAAGGAGGGCAAUAAGGUCACUGGUGUUACAUAUGAGUCCAAUGGCGAGAGCAGCACGCUCGACGGCCCUGUCGUUCUAGCCACUGGUGGUUAUGCCGCAGACUUCGGCGACAACUCGCUAUUGCAGAAACACAGACCGGACACCAUCGGCCUAGCCACCACCAACGGUUCGCACGCCACUGGUGAUGGCCAGAAGAUGGUGAUGGCCAUCGGAGGAAAUGGAAUCGACAUGGACAAGGUCCAAGUUCACCCUACCGGUCUUGUCGACCCCAAAGAUCCCGGAUCGAAGUGGAAGUUCUUGGCUGCCGAAGCUCUGCGUGGCGAGGGUGGUCUGCUACUUAACGCCGAUGGUGAUAGAUUCUGUGACGAACUGGGCCACAGAGAUUACGUCUCCGGUAUGAUGUGGAAGGAGAAGGACAAGGGCAAGUUCCCUAUCCGUCUAGUCCUCAACUCCAAGGCAUCCAACACUUUGGACUUCCACACUCGCCACUACUCCGGCCGUGGGUUGAUGAAGAAGAUCUCCGGCAAGCAACUCGCUAAGGAGAUUGGCUGCUCUCCCGAACACCUCCAAAAGACCUUCACCACAUACAAUGCUAUCGCCGACGGCAAGCAGAAGGAUCCGUGGGGCAAGAAGUUCUUCCACAACGGCCCCUUGGAUAUCAACGACGACUUCCACGUCUCGUUGAUGGAGCCAGUCCUUCACUUCACCAUGGGUGGUAUCGAGAUUAACGAUAAGGCCCAAGUCCUGAACAAGGAGCAGAAGCCCUUCGAGGGUCUCUACGCCUGUGGUGAAUUGGCCGGUGGUGUCCACGGUGCCAACCGACUUGGUGGCUCCUCGCUCCUAGGCUGUGUUGUUUAUGGUCGUGUUGCGGGCGACUCUGCAAGCAACUACUUGUUCCAGCAAGCUCUCUCGGGAGCUUCCACCGGAGCUGCCCAACGUCUGGGCCAGAUCUCCCUACACAUUGACCCAUCCCAGCCGGGCAAGGUGUCCGUCGAAUGGGGAAGCGGUGCAUCAAGCUCAUCAUCAGUGGCCGUUGGCCAACAGACGAGCGCUACGGGUCCUACCCCUACCGCCGAAGGGGGUAAGUCAUCCCAGCCAGCAGCGAAGCCCCAAAGCGCUAAGAAGUUCGAGGUGCCGAAUAAGGAAUUCACAAUAGAGGAGGUCGCCAAGCACAACAAGAAGGAAGACCUCUGGGUAGUCGUCAAGGGCGUGGUUAUGGACUUGACGAACUGGCUAGAGGAGCAUCCCGGCGGCCCUAACGCGAUCAUGAACUUCAUGGGUCGCGACGCAACGGAGGAGUUCGAAAUGCUACACGACGACGAAGUCAUUCCCAAGUAUGCCCCGCAGCAGGUAAUAGGACGUGUCAAGGGCCAAGAGGUCACACUCGAGUUCUAA